UUGUAUCCUAAAAUUGCCUUUUAUGUUUUCAUAACAACGCGAUCGCGGGGUUGUACGCGCGAUCCGAGUUCUCGAUCGGCGUUUGCCGUCUCAUUUAAGCCCGUGCGCUCGCUGUCUCCCUUCCAGCGUCGCUCCUCCGGCCGGGCGCUCCUCGGCCGAAAGCCAGGCGAGAACCUCAAGACCCACAGCUGAAGCGGAGGAGAGCCAGGCUAGCAGAUUUCAAAAAGGGGUUACAAGUCAGCAUAGGAUGGCUACAACUAGCUCAAAGAAUGCAAGGAAGAAGGAAGUGAAGAAAGAAACUGGACUAGGUUUAACAUAUAAAAAGGAUGAAAAUUUUGGACAAUGGUACUCUGAGGUUGUUGUUAAUAGUGAAAUGAUUGAAUACUAUGAUAUAUCUGGCUGUUAUAUCUUACGACCUUGGACGAUGGCAAUCUGGGAAACCUUACAUGCAUUUUUUGAUGCAGAGAUAAAGAAUAUGGACGUAGAAAGUACAUGCUUUCCUCUAUUAUUAACAGAGAAUGUUCUGCAAAAAGAGAAGGAUCAUAUUGAAGGUUUUGCUCCAGAGGUUGCGUGGGUCACGAAAACUGGGCAGAGUAAUUUGGAAGUACCUAUUGCAAUUCGCCCUACAAGUGAAACUGGGAUGUAUCCUUAUUACUCCAAGUGGAUUAGGGGACACCGUGAUUUGCCAUUAAAACUAAACCAGUGGUGCAAUGUUGUACGGUGGGAGUUCAGCCACCCCACUCCAUUCAUAAGGAGUCGGGAGUUUCUUUGGCAAGAAGGUCAUACGGCUUUUGCCACUAAAGAGGAAGCUGAUGAAGAGGUUCUUGAUAUAUUGGAACUUUAUAGAAGAAUUUAUGAAGAGUAUCUUGCAGUUCCAGUAAUCAAAGGAAAGAAAAGUGAAUUAGAGAAGUUUGCUGGGGGUUUUUAUACUACAAGUGUUGAGGCCUUUAUUCCAAAUACAGGUCGUGGAAUACAAGGAGCCACCUCACAUUGCCUCGGUCAAAACUUUGCAAAAAUUUUUGAGAUAGAUUUUGAGAAUGAGAAGGGCGAGAAGGUCAAAGUUUGGCAGAAUUCUUGGGCAUACAGCACCCGCACGAUUGGAGUUAUGGUCAUGGUUCAUGGAGAUGAUAAAGGCUUGCAGCUACCACCUAAGGUUGCAGCGGUUCAAGUUAUUGUAGUCCCUGUACCUUACAAGGAUGCAGAUACAAAGGCCAUAUUUGCAGCCUGCUCAUCAGCUGUAAAAACGUUGCGCAAAUUGCAAGCAGCAGGAUUCAAGGCUAAGCAUGACUUGAGGGAAAAUUAUUCACCUGGUUGGAAGUAUUCUCAUUGGGAAAUGAAAGGAGUUCCCCUUAGAAUUGAAAUUGGUCCAAAGGAUUUAACAAACAACCAGGUACGUGUUGUUCGUCGUGACAAUGGCGUGAAAGUGGAUAUACCCGUGGCCAAUUUGGUUGAAAAGAUAAAAGAACUGUUAAUAAGCAUUCAAGAAAACCUUUUUAAUACUGCCAAACAAAAACGAGAUGCCAGCAUUAAACUUGUGCAAACCUGGGAUGAAUUCAUUGAUGCCCUCAAUGACAAAAAGAUGAUCCUUGCUCCUUGGUGUGAUGAAGAGGUACGCGUUGCUUCGCAUCUGGAAAGCCUGCUAAGAAGUGGACGUAUUGGGGUCGAAGCUAUUGAACGAGUUGCCGAGAGUUAAAAGCUAACAUACAAACUUUACUACUAUAGAUAUUGAAACUGCUACAACAUCUCUAACCAUUUGAUGCAUUAACAUUCCGCCAUGUUAAAAUAUCAAAAUGCUCUUAGUUUCAUAAUUUUUAGCUAAAUAUUUCUUUUUUUAUAUAUGUUUUACUUUAAAGUCUUUCCUUUCACAAUUUAUGUCGUCCCAAUUUUUCAAUCUUCAUAUAUUUU